AUGUCAAGAUCAUAUGACCGAGCGUUGACCGUCUUCUCUCCCGAUGGACAUCUUUUCCAAGUCGAAUACGCCCUAGAAGCUGUGAAAAGAGGAACAUGUGCUGUCGGAGUGAGAGGAUCAUCAUGUGUUGUACUUGGAGUAGAGAAGAAGUCCACACUGCAAUUGCAAGAUCCUAGAACGGUUAGAAAGGUGGCCAUGUUAGAUGAUCAUGUUUGUGUUGCUUUCGCAGGUUUGACAGCAGAUGGUCGAAUUCUGAUUGACAAAGCAAGAGUCGAAUGUCAAUCUCAUAGAUUAACAGUGGAAGAUCCGGUCAGCAUAGAAUAUAUUACGAAACAUAUUGCAGGUAUCCAACAGAAAUAUACACAAUCAGGUGGUGUUAGACCUUUCGGAAUAUCAACAUUAGUAGUUGGUUUUGACCCUCAUGACACCAUACCAAGGUUAUAUCAAACUGAACCCAGUGGUAUCUAUUCAGCAUGGAAGGCAUGUGCGAUCGGUCGAGCGUCAAAGACUGUCCGAGAGUUCCUGGAAAAGAACUAUACAGAAGAAUUGGCUCGUGAUGACGCUAUCAAACUUACGGUCAAAUCAUUACUUGAAGUAGUACAGACUGGAGCGAAGAAUAUCGAAAUUAGUGUGAUGGAGAAGUAUGGUGUCAUCACUAACCUCGAACAAUCAGAAAUCGAGAAAAUUGUAGCCACCAUUGAAUCUGAGAAAGAAGCAGAUGCUGAACGCAAAAGACAAAGACUCGCGGCUAUUCAGGCAGGUCAAGCAAGUAUGGCAAUGGGUUCACGAGCUUUAUCUGGCAAUCAAACUCCUACCGCCGGUGCAAGCGCAGACACAGGUGCAGGUGGAGAGGGUCACGCAUCUGCUCCAGGUGAGGAGAGUGGUAUUCAAUAG